AUGCCGUCAAGGUACAUUCUCUCUUGGCUCCUCACCUGCUUUUUGGGCAUUGCUUUUGGCUCACGAUGCGGGUCGUCUGCUCCUACUGUCAAGAUUGAUGCUGGGAUGGUGGUCGGCACGACUACUACUGUCCCCGGCACCACUGCGACCGUCAGCGAGUUCUUGGGCGUUCCUUUUGCCGCCUCUCCGACACGAUUUGCGCCUCCUACUCGUCCCGUGCCUUGGUCAACGCCUUUGCAAGCCACUGCAUAUGGUCCAGCAUGCCCUCAACAAUUCAAUUACCCCGAAGAACUCCGUGAGAUUACGAUGGCCUGGUUCAAUACACCGCCCCCGUCAGCUGGUGAAAGUGAGGACUGCCUGAACCUCAACAUCUACGUCCCAGGAACUGAGAACACAAACAAAGCCGUCAUGGUUUGGAUAUACGGUGGAGCGCUGGAAUAUGGUUGGAAUUCAUUCCACCUUUACGACGGGGCUAGUUUCGCAGCCAAUCAGGAUGUCAUCGUCGUGACCAUCAACUACAGAACGAACAGCAAGUACAUGUUCUGGGACAUGCGAAAUCUGGGGUUCCUAGACCAAAGGUUUGCUUUGGAUUGGGUACAGCGGAACAUCGCAGCCUUUGGCGGUGAUCCUCGAAAGGUCACAAUAUUUGGGCAGAGUGCGGGGGGCAGAAGUGUCGACGUCCUCUUGACGUCUAUGCCACACAACCCACCCUUCCGAGCAGCAAUCAUGGAGUCCGGUGUGGCUAACUACAACUUCCCCAAGGGAGAUUUGUCCGAACCUUGGAACACCACUGUUCAAGCUCUCAACUGUACCACCAGUAUCGACAUCUUGAGUUGUAUGAGAAGAGUCGAUCUCGCCACUCUGAUGAACACGAUCGAGCAACUCGGACUUGGGUUUGAGUACACGUUGGACAACGUAACGGCUGUGUACCGUUCUGAAACGGCUCGCACGACUGGUGACAUUGCUCGUGUACCUGUUCUCGUCGGGACGGUGGCCAACGACGGACUUCUCUUUGUCCUCGGGGAGAAUGACACCCAAGCAUAUCUCGAGGAGGCAAUCCCGAAUCAGCCCGACCUUUACCAGACUCUCCUUGGAGCAUAUCCCAUUGGAUCCCCAGGGAUCGGAUCGCCUCAAGAUCAGAUUGCCGCCAUUGAGACCGAGGUAAGAUUCCAGUGUCCUUCUGCCAUCGUGGCUCAGGACUCCCGGAAUCGGGGUAUCCCUUCUUGGCGCUACUACUACAAUGCGACCUUUGAGAAUCUGGAGCUUUUCCCUGGGUCCGAAGUGUACCACAGCUCUGAAGUCGGGAUGGUGUUUGGCACGUAUCCUGUCGCAAGUGCGACCGCCUUGGAGGCCCAGACGAGCAAAUACAUGCAGGGUGCCUGGGCGGCCUUUGCCAAAAACCCCAUGAAUGGGCCUGGGUGGAAACAAGUGCCGAAUGUCGCGGCGCUUGGCUCACCAGGCAAAGCCAUCCAGGUUGACGUCUCUCCAGCGACAAUAGACCAACGAUGUGCCUUGUACACGCGUUAUUAUACUGAGUUGGGCACAAUCGCGCCGAGGACAUUUUGA